GUGGUCGUUCCACAGGGAUUGAUCCAGUCGGGUAUAAGUAACAUGAGUGGAGUUCACUCACACCGUGUCACUCACAAAGCUUACAAUUGCCAUAUCAACUCAGUGCAAUCCGCAAACACUGUUGGUCUCUUCGAUUCCAGGCGAGACAACUUUCCCGAGGUAGCAAGUUAAGCAGCGAUGGCAAUCUCCGCAGCCGCCUACACCUUGUGUGUGGUGCUUUGCAUCUGCAGCUUUCAGACAUCGGUGUUUGCGGCGUCCAAGCCGCUGAAACUGACGUACUACGCUCACGAGACCCGCGGGGGACCCAAUGCCACCCUCUUGCCUGCUGCUGGAACCGGGCAGGGCAACUUCAGCGCCCUCGGAUGGGGAAGUUUCCUUGUGUUCGACAACGGAUUGAAGGAAGGAGCUGCACUCGACAGCAAGUUGCUGGGCAGAAUUACAGGAUUCGGAGCUAUAUCCACCGUCGGAGGAUCGGCAACGGGAGGCGUGCAGGUCACUAGCAAGUUCUGGUUCGGCGAUGGAUCCAAAUACCCCGGCUCGAGCUUCACAGUGGUGGGCACCCUGUCUUACGGCCCAACUCCCUGGGAAUUGGUGGUCAUCGGCGGCACUGGAAAGUUCCGAGGAUACUCUGGCUACGGACUGGCCCAGCCCGAGAACUCCACCACCGUGCCUCCGAUUUACGUGAACAAGUGGAACUUCUACCUCACCAAGAAGUAGACGACCACUAGUCGUGGUGAGGAUCAUAUGCAUAUAUCCUUUAGCAGCAGUGAAUGGUGGGUACGUUAAUAUGAUCCAUUCUUUCAUGCCAUAGUUGUAUUCCAAAAAUUGUACUUGAAGUUGAAAGGGCAAGCGAAGUUGCUAAUGACGAAAAAGUUGUUGCUCUCAAUAGUCAAUCGAAUGAUUUUGUCAAUAAAGGUCAGGAAGACAGAAGGGGAGUUUAAAGUGAAAACUGAGGAGGUAUUAUUUGAAUGAAAGCUGAUAAAGUUUUCUUGAGCUAGUGCUUUUGAGGACUUUCUUGCCAUGGUGUAUUCGAAAGUCACAACUGCCCGGGUAUAUUAUGAACGACAGGUUUUGUUCAAAGACUAGGCCAACAAAAAAUAAAAUUCCUCUUCAGUUGUGGGACAUGUAAUACAUCACGAAGAAUACCUUGUUGGUGUUAAUGUCGCCUCUCACAAGAAUCUA